AUGGCACCGUACAAGGAAGAUGAAAUGAAAAUAGAUAAUGUAGCAAAGAUUGUUAGCACUGUAAAGCCGCACUGCGUCAGCAGUGUCCAUGUUAAUUUACAUGUCUCUAAGGUUGUAGUUCAUCCGCUAGUGUUGCUUUCUGUGGUUGACCAUUUCAAUCGCGUGAGUAAAACUCAAAAUGUGAAACGUGUCGUUGGCGUUUUGUUAGGAAGCAUGAAACCGAACAAGACGCUCGAUAUUGCUAAUAGUUUUGCUGAUAAGUCCUUUCCUGUUUUUUUUUUCACGUUUCCUUUUGAUGAGGAUGAACGAGACAAGAAAACCUGGUUUCUUGAUAUGGAUUAUCUGGAGAGCAUGUAUGGUAUGUUCCAUAAAGUUGCUGCACGCGAAAGGAUCGUUGGAUGGUACCAUACUGGACCCAAACUUUGCCAAAACGACAUUGUGAUCAACGAGCAAUUGAAGCGCUUUACAUCUAAUCCUGUUCUUGUUGUUAUACAGGCCGAACCAAAAGAUUUAGGGUUGCCAACAGAAGCUUAUGUGGAGGUGCAAGAAGUCCAUGAUGAUGGUACACCACCAAUCAAAACCUUCGAGCAUGUUCCAAGUGAAAUUGGUGCUGAAGAAGCCGAAGAAGUUGGAGUUGAACAUCUUUUAAGAGAUAUCAAAGACCAGACAGCAGGAACUCUUUCUCAAAGAAUCACUGAUCAGUUGAUGGGAUUGAGGGGUUUGCAUGGACAGUUACUUGGUUUGCAAUGUUAUUUACAUGAAGUAGCCGAGGGUAAGCUACCAAUCAAUCAUGCCGUUAUCUAUUAUAUACAGGAAGUGUUAAAUCUUCUGCCGGAUGUCACAUCGCCACAAUUUGUUGAAGCGCAUAAUGUGCAGACAAAUGAUCAGUUGAUGUGCGUUUAUAUGGGAUCUCUCGUACGAACUGUUAUUGCCUUGCAUAAUCUCAUUGAUAAUAAGCUCUCUCUACAAAAGAAUGAAAAAGCUAAAGAGAAAGUUGAAGGAAUAGCGAAGAAAGAUGAAAAUAAAGAAGAAAAAAAGGAAAAUAAGGAGACGAAAGACAGCAAAGAGGAUGAUAAAGAAAAAGAAGAGAAAGAUAUUAAGAAGUGA